AAAGUAUCUCUAGCAGGAGAAAAAGUUUGUUUUAGAGAGGGAAAACAUAAAAAAAGCAAUGGGGGAGAGAUUGAAAGGGUCAGUAAAAUGGUUUAAUGAUACUAAAGGGUUCGGAUUCAUUUCUCCUUCUGAUGGCAGUGAUGAUUUGUUUGUUCAUCAGUCAUCUAUCCGAACUGAAGGUUUCCGUAGCCUUGGCGAUGGCGAAGAAGUGGAAUAUGAAGUGGCUACUGGUGAUGAUGGUCGUAAAAAGGCCGUUGAUGUGACAGGUCCAAAUGAAGGUCCUAUUCAAGGAUCAACUCGGCGUUCUGGCGGUGGUGGAGAUGGUGGAGGCUAUGGAGGCGGCGGAGAUGGUUAUAAUGGUGGAGGAAGAAGAUCUGGAGGUGGUGGAUAUGGAGGUGGUGGAGGAGGAUGGAGCAGCGGUAGUAAUAGUGGAGGAUGGAACGGCGGUGGCGGUGGUAGUGGAUAUGGUGGUGGAGGUGGAGGCGGCAAUUGUUACAGUUGUGGUGAGGGUGGCCAUAUGGCAAGAGAAUGUCCAAAAGGUGGUGGUGGAGGCGGUGGAAGUAGGUACGGCGGAGGAAUCGGCGGCGGUGGUGGUGGGUGCUACCAAUGUGGCGGUGAAGGUCACUUUGCUAGGGAUUGUACUAAUGGUCGUUGAUUAAUCAAAAAUCAUUAUAUGAUCUAUUUUGGAGAAUAUUUUGGGUGUUGAAGUUCUCUCUUAAUUGUCAUGUUAGUAAUAUUUUCGGCUAUGGUGAUUAUUAAUGUUGUUUGUCGUUGAUUUUAGGGUUUAUGAUGAAGAUUAAUGAAAUGGAAGGGUAGUGUAGUUAAUGUAAGUUUUUUGUAUUGUAAGACUGUAUAUUAGAGAUCGUGGAAGAUAUUUUUUCUUUCAUGAUCUUUAAUUAAAAUGUCAAUACGAAUAUGCAUGAAUACACUUCCAAUAUUUGCUAUCUUAAA